GACCAACCACGCCUCUCGCUUCCCUCUCUCUCGUCGCUCCUUCUAUCUAACUCCCACAAAAUCGCGUCAAAAAGCUAUCAAUAAUGUCCAUAGAGCUCGAAGCGCGUCAGCAGCAGGGCGGGGGUAAUCAACAGGGUGGUCAACAGGGUGGUCAACAAGGAGGCGGCAAUCAGCAGGGAGGGCAACAAGGUGGUCAAGGUGGUCAACAGGGUGGGGGACAACAGAAUGGAGGAGGCAAUAGUCAAUCACAGUCUCAAUCCCAGUCGGCGUCUCAGUCCCAGCAAUCAGGAUCCAGCUCAGCCUCAUCUUCCACUCUCUCCAUCCCCGAAUCCGCACCUGCAGGUCUUCUCACCGUAACCCAACCACCCCAGCAGUCAACCUCGUACUACAAAAUUGCACAGAAUGAAUUCAUCACAUUCGGCUGGAACUUCAGCUACGUCCUCGCUACGCCCACCCACCUCACUGUGUCUGCGGCAUGUGACAACGGAAACACGUAUCCUGUAGGUCCAACAAAUGGCAUUAUACCAGGGACUGCAACCAGUGUCGUCUGGGAUCCUUAUACUUAUCAGACGUCGCAUCCGGACCUCCCUCUCGCUCAAGCAAAAUAUACGCUACAAAUAUGGGGUGAUCAGGGACCUGGUGCUGCUCGUGCCCCAGGAAUAUUGACUCCCAACAGUGCCCUGCAGUUUGCUCUCUACACGCCCCAGCCAUACACUCCAAUCAGUAGUGGUUGGUCAUGUGCAGGAUGUUCAAGUGCCUUGUCGCAGUAUGUUGCGCACCCUGCUUUUGCGGGCAUCGUUGCGACCAUGGUCAUCAUGUUUCUCUCUGGCUCUAUUCUCAUGCGCCGCAGCGCACACUAGGAUCGUUCUUCUCUGACGCGCUUCUAUCAAGGAAAUCAUCACGUGUGACGAGGAUGACGCUCACGACCGAUAAGCUCGCAGUAGGACUUUUGUUCUUUCCUUGGGCUGGACAUUCUUUUUACAUAUGACAUCUAUCAUCAAAUUGCCUACUUACACGCUUCCUUCAAAGUUGUUCACACUGGACUUGCAAUAUUCUUUUGGUUCUUCUUCUGGCUCUGGCUCUUACAUCUGGUUCUUUCCUUCUAAUUGAUACCUCUUUGCCUCUUUGUGCCUCCUAAUUUCUCGCCGUGUGGAUAAGGCGCAGAUAAUAGACUCUUUCCUUUAAACUUCUUGCACUCUUUCUUGUGAUGACAUAGUAUCCGUGCAUGUGAUUAUCUUUGCUAAACACAUCUCGGUGAUAUGAUCCGUUUCGAGUCUGCAUCGCUAUCUGAAUCUGAUCGUCCUUUUGCCUUUGUCUCCGCAGUCCAAUUACAAGGAUCUU